GAAGUAAAUACUAAAUAAAUAUUAAAUCCUUGGGCCCAAUUUUUAAAAAAAUAUUUAUUUAUUAUUAGUUAGUCUAGAUCAUUGUAGAUCUAGAUCUAGAAUAUAUACAAAAUGAAUAAAUUGAGUGCUUUUGAUGAAAUCCUCAACUAUAACAAAUGCGCAGAACAUGACUAUUAUUAUAUUCUAGGUUGUGAUGAAACUUCAUCUGAGGAGCAAAUUACUUCAGAAUACAAGUCACGAGUACUUUCCUGUCAUCCGGACAAACAUCCAAAUGAUCCCACAGCUCAUAAAAAGUUUUCAGCUUUAUCACAAGCCAAGGAAGUUCUGCUAAAUCCAGAGAAGAGAAAGGAGUAUGACCAAUGGAGGCACAGCAAUAUUGCUAUUUCUUUUGAGACUUGGAAAUCACUCCCUCAAGUUAAAACAUCAAUGCAUUGGGGAUACCACAAGGAUCAGGCUUCAGUUAGCUACCCAGAAAUGCCUGAACCGCAACCAACAUUAGUCCCUAUUUCACAGCCCACAAAGAGCCAAAGUUUAAUAAACACUGAAGAAAAGUUAAAAUUUCAACUUAGAGAACAGCCAGUAGAUAGCUCUAGAAAUGGAUGGGACAGACAAGAUCCCAGUCCUUUGCUGGAAAAGUUCAGGAGCUACCAGAUAUGAUGCCUGCGGUUAACAUCACAUCCCACCUUCUUACUUGGGAUUUAUAGAAAACUUUGACCAGAUGAAAUGGCUUUUUGCUAGCAUCACUUGCUGCCUAUUUAAAUGUGAUAUGUAGAACACUUUAGCAGCUGCCAGUGUCUAAAUGAAACUUCAUUUCAAUAUAUCAUGUAUUGUGUAUGUUUUGAGUUUUUGAAAAUGAAGCUCUUUGAUUAUCAUCUCCAUAUCAUCUCCCUGGUUGUGCCCAAGACACAUAAGGCAGGUGAAGCAGAGUUCAUCUGUUUCAAUGACCGCGGCUUACGAGGUAUAGUGUGAUUAACACUAUGCCAUUAGUUUUCCUAAUGUUAGUCAGGUAUCCAUCAGAGUUGGGUGGACUCAGGGGCAUCCUAAAGGCUUCGGUAUGUCUAGAUUUACAAUGUUUAGCCACACAGACAAACAGUUGACAUUUUAUGAAUAUUAGACUUGAUUUGAUCGAUACUAAAGCUUCAUGUAAUUUUGGUCUGUUAUUGAAGUCAUAUUCCACAAUAGAAAUGAUUAAUUUCUAAUUAAUAGUUAAUACAUUUUUUCUCAACCCUAAAAGUUAUUGACAUAAUUAUAAAAUAGAACACUAUUAUUUAAGUGUACAGAAAUUGUAGUUUCUUUUUGAAAUGCGUGAAUAAAUUUUGAGAGUUGUUGAGUUGAUAGAACUGCUGAUUGAUUGAUUUAAAAUCAUUCCUUUAUUUUAUUAGUUCUAAACUAUUUACAAUAUAUUGACUGUGAUAUUUACGUUUUUAUUUUGUAAAACUGCUAUAAUGUUUUAAAUUAUUUACUAGUCAAUGUGUAAUACUAUUGUUAAGAGUACCAUGCUAUGUAUUUUUAUGCUGUUAACCAGAACUAGAAACACUGUAGUUAUGAAUUUGGAAAAACUGUAAUAGGUAAAAUGCAUUAUGCAAUAUUUGCAUGUUAGAAGUGUAGGAUUGUUUUUGAGUUUUGAGCAUUAAAAGUUACUGCUUAACAUGCAAUGUAUGUUUGUUG